GAUUUCGUCAUUAUGUGUCAAAGUUUAUUGUUGUGUUAUUUUAUCAGAUGAUUUCAAAGGUCAAUUAAUUUUGAAUUAUUAUUGCCAAUAAACGAACAUAAAUUAACAAUCUUUGAGUGCAGUAUCCAUGAAUUUCGUGUAAUGCGUAAUAUAACCUAAGUUCAGAUCAAUUUUAUUGCGGUGAUAAGUCGUGAAAAAUCAAUUAUUGUUCGGUGCAUGCACAAACUGCACAUAAUCUAAAGGCCAGUAGCUGAAUAGAAGGUCGUGUAGCUGCUUUAGAAGGUCAUAAGUGUUGUUUCAAAAUGGGGAACAAAUCUUCAUUACUAUUGCGGGAGGAGGAAAUAGCACAAAUUCAAGAAGAAACCGGAUUUACACCAAAUCAAAUUGAGCGCUUGUACUCUCGUUUCACGUCAUUAGAUAAGAAUGACUGUGGUACUCUGUCAAGGGAUGACUUCCUGCGGAUCCCAGAGCUCGCCAUCAACCCGCUCAGUGAACGCAUCGUUCACUCAUUCUUCGCUGAAAGCCAUGAUGAUAGGGUUAACUUCCUGCAGUUCAUGAGGGUGUUAUCCCAUUUCCGGCCAAUAAGGAAGAAUAGAGAAAACAAAUUGAAUAGUCGGGAGGAGAAAUUGCGAUUUGCAUUCUCCAUGUAUGACUUGGACAAUGAUGGCAAAAUCUCCAGGGAUGAACUGCUGGCGAUCCUUCAUAUGAUGGUUGGAGCAAAUAUCAGUGAAGAGCAGCUGUCCAGUAUUGCGGAGCGGACAAUCCUCGAAGCUGACACCAACAACGACCAGAUGAUAUCCUUCGAGGAGUUCUGCCGGGCACUGGAGAGAACAGAUGUCGAGCAGAAGAUGUCCAUCCGUUUCCUCAAUUGACCUCCAAACUCUUGAACCAUAUACAUCAAGUAUAUUUUGACCAUAGUGCUAGUGGUCAUUAUAUAUGGGCUUCUAACUAAAAAAUGAGUUGUCUAUGCUCUUGGACCUUUGUGUGUGAUAUCUUGGUAUAUUCGUAAUUGUUUGCUGUUGUUUAGUUGUUAGCUGAUUGGAGUAUACGACAUUGAUAUGAGAUAAUUGAUUGAUAAUGUGAAUGCAAAAACUGAUUUUUAAUAAACAACAAGGUGUGGUGAAUGUUUAGCCGAUAGUAACAUGGGAUAGAAAAAAUGUCCCAUAUUACUACUAGACCUAGAGAAGUUAAUGGUAAUAUGGGAACAACUACAAUACUACUGAUUGUAAGGCUGGUAAAAAUGUACAGUCUUAUUACAAGGUUGACUAGACAUUCUUCGGCACUUUGUGUAGAAUACAUUAUUAUUUUCUUAUCGAGUGUGUUAUUGUUAACAAAUUUCAACAAAAAAACAACAAAUUUAUUGUCAAAUUUUGUUCAAGCCGCCUAAAAGCAUGGCAUGACCAACAUCUCAGUUAAUUUAUUAUUUUAUAUGGCAAUCGAAGUGCUUACUUUUCAUUAUUAUGUGUUCUCUCUGGCCACUUCCUUUGCCCUACCGAUCGGAUGUCCCUAUGUAACCAUAAAUAAAGGUCGAUGUUAAAAUUCUCAUAUCAAUGCAAUGAUAUUUAAAGGAUUAAUCCGGGCUUUUAACGAAGUGUCUGACACUUGUAAGCUAAUUGUAUAUUUGGCGACUUAUUAAUUAGUCAUUUGUCUAUGUAUAUAAAUUGCUUAGAUUAUUGCCAAACGGCAUGUUUUUAAACUAUAUUAUAAUAAGUUUAAUGUGUUAUAAAUUAAUAUUUUUAUUGUGACAAAGUAGGUCGUGGGAUAGAUGGAAAAAUGAAAAAUGGACAUAAAAAUUAAAUUUAUAAUUAAACUAACUGAACAUUGAUACGUUGACUACUGGUGCAUCGGUGGUUAUUAUACCAGAUAUAACAUUGAUGUACGCUUUUCCGCCUGGUUUAGAAACUGAUGUACACGCGCCAAAAUUAAGCUAUAAAAUUUAACAAUUUUAUAUACCUACGCAGAAAUCGGAAUUUUAAUUGCUUCCUCAGAGUUUAGUGAUUUUAAGUACAAUUCUAUCUAGUUCAGAAAUUUAGAUUUCGGUGUUCAGAAGAUUGGACAUUAACGAACAAUCAGCGUUUACGAACGCAUGCAUAUUGCCAUGGCAGAACAAAGUGUUUACUGCAUCUACGUCAGCUCUAUGUACUUAGAGCAUGGAAAUAGUAGGUACUCCGUACAAGUACUUACUAAAUCCAUGACUUGGAGCCAUGCCACACAUAGCUCAGUCGCGCUCUGUCGUUUUGACGUCCGUCGACACAAUGCAGAAAUUGUAUGAAGUUUCGACGUACGUCAACGCACGUCAGAGUUAUGGGAAAUGGCUCUUAGUCAUCAAAACUUUUGAUGUAUAGAAUUAUAUAUAUAUAUAUAUAUAUAUAUAUGUAUAUGUUAAGAGACUACAUAAAACAUGUUUUUGACAUUAGCAAUAUAAUUGCUACGUCAGUAUUUUUGCACGGACUGUGGUGGUCCUAAUUAUAAAAAUGCAUAGUCAGUUAAAAUUUAUACAUCUCAAAUUAAUAACGGAAUAUGUAUAUGUAUUCCGUCGUUAUAUGUGUAUAUAAUAUCUUUUAGGGCUAUAACACUAUGGUUCCAUUGUGAGCACACUAUUGCAGUUAUGUCACAUUUCCACAUUUUUUAUUUUUUUUACGAAUACAUUAAAUAAUAAAUACAUAGAAGUAUAUAGAUCCCAACUUAGCAAGGGUAGAAAAGGUGUUAUGAAAGUAGCAUAAAUUUUAUUAUUAGUUUGGGUAUACCUACCCAAACUUACUGGUAACAUUUUUGUAGAAGAAAGUACCCUUCAUUCUGCAAAAAUGUUACAAAUAAGUCGGUGAUAGAUAAGUAUAAUAUAAUUCGUAUUUAUUUCUAAGGUAGCGUGUCGAAAAUCCAAAUAAAAUAUGUUUUUUUAUAUCAA